GUUAAACUGUCUGUCGAACAUAUCACACGCAUUAACGAGAGUGACUUCGUUUCAAGAAUGAUUAGGUACAGAUACUUUUGCAUUGUUCUUGCUUUGCCAUUGUUAGUGAAACUGUCCGCUGCACAGAAUAAGAAGUUUGUCUGUAGCUACUCCCCGUCUAAAGCUGGUGCGAUCAACUACCAGCCCGAUAACAUUCCGUUGCAGGUUUGUCCGUAUGUGAUCGUCAAAGCGUUUAGCUUCCCAAGCGUCGUUGGUCGGCAGUUGUUGUUCAGUGACAACGAAAAGAUAGCGUUUAGCCGUGUAGUCUCCAGUGUACGAAAGCGUUCGAAUACAGCUCGCGUCGUAGCGUCCAUCGAUGGAUCCGCCCGCGACUUUACCGUAACGUCGAACGCGAUCGUACGUAGGAAAGCAUUCGUGCAAGCAGCUGUAGCGAUGCUACUUGAGCUGGAUGCAGAUGCAAUCGAACUCAACAGGAAAGCAGCUAGAAACAGUGGAAACGAUCGUGUCACUAUGGUGCAACUCCUGCAAGAUCUUCGUCAAGCGGUGAAGCCAGUAAAUAAAAGCUUCAGACGUAAUCGAGAACUAUGGUUCCGAGGAUCGCUGCAUCCGAAGGUGAUGGAAGUAGCGUAUAAUAUGUUCGAUGUGUGUGAGCUGGUCGAUCAUGUUACGCUAGAUCCCAGCACGGCUGAAUCGCUGGAAAAUGCGCAUGCACCGUUGUAUGGGACACCAAUUGUACAGCCGUUUAGUGUUCCUUUGUUAGGAAACAUAAUCGAUCUAGCGAAUGGUUUCAACACUACCACUCAGCGCUGGAUUGAUGAGGGAUGCGCUCCUAAGAAGCUGCUCCUUGGAAUUGGUUUGCACGGCAUCGGGAGAGCUUACUCACCGGGUCUAGCGCCAUUUGUCGGCAACAAGGUGAAUUUGUUAGACUCUGGUACAUAUCUGGAGUAGCGUGAGCUCUGUAAAACGAUAAAAGAAGAUGGUUGGAACUAUGCCUGGGAUGAGCAUGGUGCAAUGCCAUACGUGACCAAAGCGCUGCAGAACGGACUAGUGGAGCGUAUUAGCUAUGAAAACUUGGACUCGCUGCGACUCAAGAUGGAUAUGGUGGAGCAGAAGCGGUUCGGUGGCAUUUACAUCGAUUAUGUACACUCGGACGAUAUCUAUGGACGUUGUGGACAACCAUACCUUAUGAUCGCUUACUUAUCCAGUAGAGUACGCUCGAUACCUUCUGAUAUCGGGUUUGCCAUCGAGUGGAACGAGUAGUGUUGCAGAAUCUUAUUUGCAAAAUUUACUCUACCUAUGUUUGCUUGCUUCAGCUAACGGGUUUUCUUUUAAGCGAAACGUACCCGUAAUUGUAUCUUAUCUUAUCAAAUGGUAUAUUUUUCGCUUGUUGUCUAGACCUUUUCAAACUCCUUAUCAACACUAUUAAAUACACAAAACCGUAUGCUGUGGUGUGAGCGAUCGUCAAGCGACACAUUUCCUAUGGCGUCACAAUCAUAAGGAGAAAAAAAUAUCUUCUGAUUGCGAUCAGUAUAAGAACGACAUAAAAGUUCUCUAACCUACGAGCAUGAAUUCGAUCCGAUGCGUGCGGCUUUGGCUCGAGAGAAGCUUUUAGAUAGAUGAAGUGUAGUUACAGAGUGAUCGAUUAAAGUGCGUUGCGAGUCUCUCAUUGAGUAAUAGAGCGUAGACGUCGCUGAAGAAUAAGCUCUCUCUGUCGUCUCUGAUGUUGUCAGUAUGAUGUCACAAUCCUAUAUGUUUAACACUUCUGGAUUACGUCGUACUGUCGAACAGCAUCAAAACCAGUUUCACUGCGACGCGACGCUGAGAAGGGUGGUUGCGUAUCGUUCUACACGCGGAACCAAAUAAACAAAUCAAUCUCCAAACGAAGUUCUGUACAGAGUCCCUGUGAGAUGUAUAAAGUUUAGAAUCGAUUGAAUUGACACUGUAAUUAUGUGGAAGAAACAGUGAAAACAUUAAUGCUCGUAGUGCUGUGAGGGUAUUAGAACGAAGUACAUCCUUGAAUGCUUAAAACAAAGUUAUCAAAUAAAACAAAUAAAAAACUCUCUUGGAAUUUCACCUUGGCGACCUUGAACCUGAAUCUUGACGAUCAGCAUUAUCUUCAACGACUCGUGUUCUAUUGAUGAGGUAUUUCACCGGCAUUCAUGCAUAUCAUCACACCGGCGACAGUUGCUAAAUGGAUGUCGAACAUAUCACACCUAUCACAGAGUGCGUUAUCAUUUGCUUCUAUUAGAAACACGUGGAAGAAGAUCUUCGUGUGGAUUGCUCUAACGCUUACAUUGUGCGUGGAACUGUCUACAGCACAGGGUAAGAAGAUUGUCUGCAGCUACUCCCCGGCUAAAGCUGGCCCGAUCGGUUAUCCGCCGGAGUACAUACCGCUGGAAGUUUGUCCGUAUGUGAUCUUCAAAGCGUUCAGCUUCCCGAGCACGGUCGGGCGGCAGAUGCUGUUCAGUGACAACGACAAGAUAGCCUUUAGCCGUGUGGUUUCCAGUGUACGAAAACGAUCUAGCACAGUUCGCGUCGUGGCGUCCAUCGAUGGAUACGCACGAGACUUUACCAUAACAUCCAGCGCGAUCGUGCGCAGAAAAGCAUUCGUGCAAGCCGCGGUCACGUUGCUGCUUGAGCUGGAUGCAGAUGGGAUUGAGUUGAACUGGAAAGCACCAGGCAAUAGUAAUGCGGGAUAUGGUAGCUCAAACGAUCGCAUCACGAUGGUGCAGCUGCUGCAAGAUCUUCGUCAAGCGGUGAAGGCAGCCAGCAAAAGCAGAAAUCGCAACCGAGAGCUAUGGUUCCGGGGAUCGCUACAUCCGAAUGUGAUCGAUGAAGCGUACAACAUGCUCGAUGUGUGUGAGCUGGUCGAUCACAUCACGCUGGAUCCCAGCACGGUCGAUUCGCUGGAAAACUCUCACGCACCGUUGUAUGGAACACCGAUAACAGUUCCACGUAAUCCAUUGUUUAAUACUGAUUUUCUACCAUCUGUUAUCGAACGAAUGACAGGAAUUACCACUAACACGCAGCGCUGGAUUGACGAGGGAUGCGCACCGACGAAGCUGCUGCUUGGAAUCGGUUUGCAUGGCAUUAAGAGAGACUACUCGCCGAACGUAUUCCCAUUCAUUAGUGACAAAGUGAAUUUGUUAGGACAGAAAGGUACUUACCUGGAGCAACGUGAGCUCUGCAACACGAUAAGGGAAGCAGGUUGGAGCUACACCUGGGAUGGGUAUGGUGGCAUGCCAUACGUAACUAGAACGUUUCAGAACGUACGUGGGGAGCGCAUCAGCUACGAGAAUCUAGACUCGUUGCGUCUUAAGAUGGAUAUGGUGGAGCAGAAGCGUCUCGGUGGCAUUUACAUCGAUUAUGUGCACUCGGACGACAUUUAUGGUCGUUGUGGCCAAGCAUACUCCCUGAUCGCGUAUCUAUCGAGUCGGACUCGCUCGAUACCGUCUGACAUUGGGUUUGCUAUUGAGUGGAUUUAGAUGUUCGAACUACGCAAAAUAUGUCACGCAAGAGAGAAAUGAACGUGAACUGAUAUUCUGUUAGUCUUUAGCGAUAAAAUAAUAACUAAUUUUUAUCAACUUAGGCUAAAAUUUUUAGCACUAACUGACAAAUAUUAUAGGUUUUCCUCGUCCCCUUAUGCCUGAUAGAGCAGCAAUAUGGAAGAAGUAAACUCUAAAUUCAUAACGACCUUGAAAUACGUUCUUCAUGCCGAAAUGUGUCGUCGCACUACGCUUGUCGGACGCGUUCUACUCGGCCUGAUAACGUUACAUUGAUUUCAAGGCUGACUGAUGCUGUCACGACGUUCUGUCUAGAACGGAUGUGUGGAUGUAUUGUGCAAAAGCAAAGAAAUAAAUCAACCGUUCAAACAUUCA